CAUCGAGUACCCAGGUACUUUCCAGGGUCGUUUCUUCCGUCAUGCGGGCGGAAGUCGGUGGACGUGCGGCGUCGAUUGUCGCGCGGGGCAUCUCGUCGGGCUUGUACCCGGUGGUGAUCUGGAUGAGCACGAGAUGAAAGCGCGAGUUACCUCCACAUCGCGGGAUGUCGUCGGGAUUGACUGGGUGAAGGGGAGAGAACGGAACGGGAUGAGGACAGCCAGGGAAAUGUCCACUACGGUGAUUGGCGGUAGCUCGAGACGUCGUUCGCUGAUGCUGCUCACUACGAUCGUGUAUUGCUGCUGGCUGCUGAUGAUCGGCGAAUGCGUCGGCCAGAAGCCGAUCAAUCUCGGCGGCAGCAAGAAGCGCGACGUCUACAUCGCCGGCUUCUUCCCGUACGGCAAUCACGUGCCGGAGGGUCACAUCGGCCGCGGCGUCAUGCCCGCGGUGAAGCUCGCGGUGGAGCACAUCAACGAGCACCCGACGAUACUCAGGGACUAUCGGUUGCACAUGUGGUGGAACGACACGGAGUGCAGUGCCGCCGUCGGGAUGAAGGCGUUCUUCGACAUGAUGCACAAUGGGCCGCACAAGGUGAUACUCUUCGGCGGAGCUUGCACACAAGUCACGGAUCCGAUAGCGAAAGCCUCGAAACACUGGCGCCUUACGCAGCUCAGCUACGCGGACACCCAUCCUAUGUUCACAACCAAUAGCUUCCCGAAUUUCUUUAGGGUCGUGCCGUCGGAAAACGCUCUCAACGCACCGCGAGUGGCGUUGCUUCUUCAUUUCAACUGGACUCGGGUCGGCACGAUUUAUCAGAACGAGCCCAGAUACUCACUGGUGCACAAUCGGUUGGUGGCUGACCUGGAUGAGAGCAAAAUGGAGCUUGUGGAGACGCAGAGCUUUGCCACCGAGGUGACAACGGCGCUCGAAAAGCUUAAAGAAAGGGACGUGAGGAUCCUCUUGGGAAAUUUCAACGAGGUAUGGGCUAGACGGAUAUUCUGUGAGGCUUACAGGUUUGGCUUAUAUGGCAGAAAAUAUCAGUGGGUCAUCAUCGGGACUUACACCAGAGAAUGGUGGUUGCGCCCUGGUGGCGGAUGUGCUCCCUCCGAGCUAUCCGAGGCCCUUCACGGUGUCAUCCUGGCGGAUCUGCUUCCGCUGACGACCGAGGAGCAACACACCACGUCCGGAAUCACCCCGGAACAGUAUUGGAAAGAGUACGAUUCGAGACGGGGUAACGAGUAUUCCAGAUUCCAUGGUUACACGUACGAUGGUAUCUGGACGGUCGCGCUGGCUGUGAAACAUGUCGCGCGCAGGAUACGACACUUUCAUCGUAACCAGACUAUAUCCGACUUUCGAUACAGGGACGUAUUGUGGGAGAGGCUCUUCCUCGAUGCCCUCAGGAAUACAAGCUUCGACGGUGUCACGGGACCGGUCCGCUUCUACGACAAUGAGAGAAAAGCGUACAUUCUUCUAAAACAAUUUCUGGACGGUCGCGAGGUAAACGUAGGCGAGUACGAUAGCAUAACUGGCAUUCUGGAUCUGACGAGACAUAAGGCCUCGCUAUGGAACGGGAAAUCGCCACCGAAAGACAGGACGGUUCGCAUCAUCGAGCACUCCACCGUGGACAUCACGCUGUACGCGGUGCUAGCCUCGGCCGCUAGUGUCGGUAUCGUCUUGGCAUCCAUUUUUCUCGCCAUCAAUAUCAGAUACAGAAAUCAAAGAUACAUCAAAAUGUCAUCGCCCCACCUGAACAACCUUAUCAUCAUCGGUUGUAUGCUGACCUACAGCAGCGUUAUCUUCCUCGGACUAGACUCGCAAUUAUCGAGCGUAGCGGCUUUCCCGUAUAUCUGUACGGCUCGAGCGUGGCUGUUGAUGGCUGGUUUCUCGUUGGCCUUUGGUUCCAUGUUUUCGAAAACGUGGCGUGUACAUUCCAUAUUCACUGAUGUGAAGCUCAAUAAAAAGGUUAUAAAAGAUUACCAAUUGUUCAUGGUCGUCGGGAUAUUGUUGGCUGUCGAUCUCACGAUCAUGACAACGUGGCAAGUGGCCGAUCCGUUUUAUCGGGCGAUAAAACAAAUGGAGCCCUAUCAUCACCCUUCCAGCGAAGAUAUAAUAAUCAUCCCGGAAAAUGAGUAUUGUCAGAGCAAUCAAAUGAAUAUUUAUCUGUUUUGCAUAUAUGCAUACAAAGGCCUUUUAAUGAUAUUUGGUGCCUUUCUGGCAUGGGAAACGCGGCACGUUAGUAUACCGGCAUUAAAUGACAGUAAAUACGUCGGGAUGAGUGUGUACAACGUUGUUAUAAUGUGCGUCACCGGUGCAGCUAUAAGCUUCGUGCUGACUGACAAACAAGACGCCAUGUUUAUAAUGUUGGCGGUGUUCAUUAUAUUUUGUAGUACAGCCACUCUUUGUCUGGUUUUUAUUCCUAAGGUAAUAGAGUUACGCAGAAAUCCACAAGGGGCAAUAAAUAAGCGGACCAGGGCGACUCUGAGGCCGAUGCUGAAAAUACGAAGGGACUCGACAGUCAGCGAACUCGAUGAGCGUUUGAAGGAAGCGAAAUUGACGAAUAAAAAAUUCCGAAAGCAAUUGUUACAAAAGGAUUCCGAGCUUCAGGGAUUUUUAAGGAGAAUGGGCGAGGAAGUUGAGAGCGAAACGCAAGAGACGGUCGAUACAUUGCCGGUCCCGAAACCAGAAGAAGCUAAGAAGGAAGGUAAAGGACCGUCGAUAACCACAGAGACGACUGAUGUUUCAAUGUCAAUGUGUAGCUUGAACUCGUCAACCGUUUCGCAGCCAGAGGGUGAUUACGUCAACGUGGAUCAAGUAGCAAAGAAAAGGGCGUCCCUUUCGAAGGCCACGUCAAUCAUCAUCGACAACGAAAGAGUGGCUAUGACGAGCCAGGCGAUCGAGGAGAGUUCUUCUCCAGGCGCUGAGGCGGCGUUGGACAUGACGCCGCCGUCGCUAUCGUUAAUAACAACGACGACAACGGCGAUAACAACGACGACGAUGACGCAUGUGAGGCAUACGUGUGGCGCGGACGCAUUGCGGCGCAAGAGCAUCCCCGAUGAGGUGGGCAAGGACAGCGAACCAUUAUUGAAGCGCCAUAGGACCCCGGAACCUCUGCCGACCGACGCUGUGACCACGCGAUACAGUUUCGUGCCACCGGUCGUCGAAGAGAGCGACUCCGUGAUCCUGGAAGAAACUGAGAUCGCGAGACACGUGUGCCGCGUGAGGAGGAGGAGCAAGGACGAACGCAGGGCGAAGCUCUCGACGCCGCCGCCGACCAAGAACGUCUCCUUCGGCGAGCUCCACGAACAGAGUUACAUCGAGCACGUGAUGCCAUUUUCAUUGCAAUACGUGCCGAAUCAUCGGCAUGCCGGGAAGUACGACGAGUCGAUGUCGACGAUCAUCCAGCGUUCGAUGUCGGAACGCACGCGGGAGAAGUGCCUGCGGCUGCACAUCGGUAGCGGCCACCCCAUAGUCGAGUGUUCGCAUCGCGUCGCACGCCGGAUGUGCCGGCACACGGGCUCGAAGCUGCGCCAUCAGGCACGGCUCGAGUACGUGCAGAGCACCCCGAAUGUGGCGACGAUGCACAACGGCAAGCACGUCGCGGCGAAUCCGCGCGAUGGAAGCGGUGACGUGAACGGUGGUUCCGCGGUGAACGUGUCAAAGAUGUACAGCGCCGUAUCGGAUGGUGAGCUGCUGGAUCUGACAAUUCUGCCGAUCUUUCAGAAGCUCCUCACCGAGCGGCACAAGAGCACUGCCAGACGGGGCUAUCGCUCGAAUAUAGCUAGUUGCCCGAAUAUAUCCAUCAAGUGCGACAUCGUCGAGUACCUCUAACGGCCAAGUCGGCGACGACCUGACGACGCUUUCUCGGUUCUCCUCACCGCGCCGGCACGCGAAAUCACGUUUCUCGUCACGGACAUCAUCGAUCGUGUAGGACGUGUUAGAUCGAUUAUUAUCUAAGUUAAUUAUAGUUAAUCUCGCGUUUCGCGAGCGUCUUUUAGAUUGUUGCGCCCCGAGCGAGCGGUCGGCGACGUUGUUCGCGAUAAUGCAUCGUUAAAUUGAAACGUACAUUUCAGAUGGUUUUUACCAUUUCGUUGAUUUAUUUAUAAGAAUGACGAUGGACUUGGAAUACCGUUAUACCGCGCCACCGCAGCCGGGUUAAUUAAUUAUUCGUUCCGUCUCUCGCGUCCUCGCUCUACUGCACUCGAUAUAUCACGGUAAAGCGUGGACGAGGACAAAAAAAGAAAAUUGGAUAACGUAACGCUCUAAUAAUAAUAAUAAUAAUAAUGCUCGAAUCAUGUAACUCUCUCAACGAGAUACGAGAAAGACAACGGUCGACGAAUAAAGGUAAGACUUUUUCUAUAAUACACACGAGAGAUAUUUUCUAAAGACGACGAUUAUUUAAGAGUAAGAAAAGGCGAAACGGAAGAAGAAAAUAUAAAACAGAAAAUAAAAAGAAAAUAAAGAAACGAAUUCGAAGUUUAACGAGGUCUAUCGCGAGCUCGAAGACUCAAAGUCACCGAAAAUCCCAUUAUCUGCUCGUCUCACUCAUCGUUGUUUGGUUCUAGACCUAAACGGAGUAAAUGUAUGGAUUGCGCGCGAUAUUAUCGAGCACACUUAGUUACUUGAACGUCAGUCAAUAGAUCUUGUAUCUCAUUAGUGAUGCAGCAUGUUACGCGACAUAUAACAAACAUUGCGAUGAAGCAAACGAGAGGGAAAAACUUGGUACACAUCCGUGAUAUAGUACAUGCAGUUUUGAAAGGAACGAAGUCGGGGUGGAAGGGAGGGACGGAAGUCGUCUGUCUAUGUAAUCGAUAUAGCGUAUCGUUUUCGGGGAAGUGGGAAAGAGGGUAGGUAGAACCCUAGCAGCGAACAAAUAUUGUUUAAAUAUUUCCUAGUACGACCGAAGAAUAUUUUUGUGACGCGACUUUGAAACAUUGAACUAGUUCUAGUUAAUGCGGUUAAUUAAUUAACGAAUAUAUACCUUCGAGAUAUUUACAUUUACAACACAAAUUACAGGAAAACAUAAAAAAAAAAAUACAAAAGAUAUUUGUUAGCUGCGGCAGAUCGAAAAGUAAAUUUUAACUAUUGACUGUUACAGUGAUUUCCAACUUGUAAAAUAUUCUUCGUUCAUGAUUGCGAGAACUCUUUGAAGAAAUGAGGAUUUACAAACGUCUCUGUCGGCUAACAAAUAUUUUACAAAGAGAGGGAGAGAAAGCGAGAAAGAAAAAAAGAGAGAAAGAG